UUCCCGGGUGCUGACUUUGACGUUGCCUUGUGAAGAGGAUCACGGCUCCAAACCGGCUCCAGACCCACAGGAGGCUUCGCUGCUGGAUGGAACCCGGGUCCUGUGAGCCCCCGGCUCUUUGGGCUCUGUCAGGAAGCAAAUGCCAGAAGGAGAAGUCACUCCUGUGCCCUUCACUGCGAGCAGAUGAGCAUCGGAAGGAAGCCAGGUCUGGUCUGGGGGACAGCCCGGUGACAGCCUGCGCUGUGAUCACUUCCCAUGGACCCAGGAAACUUGCUGAGCUGAACGGUGCAGGAGCAAGCAUCCAGGAAUGAUGAACCUGAGCUCCCUGUGCGAGAAUUCCCGUGUGCUCCUAUAGCAUUCCCUUUAGAAGAGGAGUACACCAGCGAGCUGGGAGCAGGAGUGUCCUGUGAGGAGCAGGAGAGAGGGCUCCGAGGUUUUCCAGGCAUUGGAAGCACUGUGGGUGCAAUGGGGUCUCAUGCAGCAGCACUGGCAUUCAUCCUGGCCCUGCGAGUGUCCUCUCUUGCUUCUGGGAGCAAGCUCCAGCCCCAUAUGCCAAACGUCUGCGCGGAGCCGGAGCUGCUCAUCGUGGGGCAGCGGCAGCCGCGUGUCCAGGCCUUCACCCGCAGCGUCCAGGUGUGGAAGCAGGAGUGUGGCGCACGGCGGCGAUGCGCCGGCUACGAGCGCAGAACUGGCUAUUACACGGGCUACAGGCAGGUCUACAAGGUGACGUACCAGACCACGUACAAGUGCUGUCCAGGGUGGUCCCAGCUUGGAGGCGAUGCCGGCUGCCUCUACCCUGCCUGCGGCUACGGGGUUUGUUUCAACGGUGGGAACUGCGCAGAGGGAUCAUCGCAGCUCUGUCAUUGCUCCUCUGGCUUCCAAGGACCCCGCUGUCAGUACGCUAAUAAACCCUCAGUUGAAUCUGGAAACCCUCCACUCAACCCCAGAGCAGCAGGCGGCCCCGCAUGGUGAUGCCAAGAAGUCCCACCAAGCUCCAUGCUCCUCCAUGGACCAUCUCUCACAGGCUAGACACUGGGGCUGCUGGCCUUUAGCUGCUCUCUUAAGUAACAUCGUGUUGCUUUGCUUUUCCCUUUAUGCUGGAACACAAGCUGAAAAGCCUGGCAUUUAGGACACUGUCACUGCUGUUGAGUUUUGCCUCGCACAUCCCUGUGCACGUCACUGGCCGGCUGGCUCAGUUCUGGCUGCACACAGGCCGUGGCCAUUGGGAGUUUUGCAGUGGAUGUUUUUCACCCUACUAUGUGCAUCUGCCUUGCUCGGAUGCCUUCAUCCAGGCUUCACAAAGAGGUCUUGUAGGUGGCAGUGAUUUAACUCUUACUGCACUGAUUUGAGGUGGGACUCUGCUGCAAGCAAUACAAAUGAGCAGUGACAACAAAGAAGUAGAAACCCCCAUAUUUGCCAAUUAAAAUAGGGAUUCUUUUUCUUUAGAGAUUUAAGGGCUCGCUUAAAGGCUGGAUAGAUCAUUGCCAGAGGUCCAAAGCAGUUGUUUUGAAUCCAUGAUAAUGGAAGUCAGUCAUGCUGA